GAAGAAAAGGGAUAACUUUUUGAAAUUUCCUAUAGUCUGUUCCAAAGCUUUUUGGGUUUUGGUUGUUAUAGGAGUUAUUUAAGUCCUCUUCUUAUCUAAUUCUGUUUGGUAAUUGAGAAAACGGUAAAAAAAGGACAAACUUUUUAAAGUGUUACGCAUUUGUCUGUCCUUUUUAUGCAAAAAAUUCCAUGGGUAGAAUUCUAUAGAUUUAGUGGAUUGAUGGGUGUCUGUUCAUUCUUCUGACAUUUUUCUGCUGAUGGAAUUCCAAGUGGAAUUUGAAUAUUCUCUGCUUUUCUUGCACUGUUAAAAGGAGUAUUUCAUAUUUGGGUAGCUAAGGAUUAAGCUCUAAAUGGGGCAUUUCUCUUCAAUGUUUAAUGGAUUGGCAAGGUCUUUUUCCUUAAAGAAAAGAAGGAAUUGUACUGGGAAUGGGAAAUAUGAUGGUAGAGAAGCUGUUGAGGCUAUGGCUAAAGAAGCCAAGAAAAAUGACUUGAUAUUAAGGUCUUCUGGAACUGUAAAUGUUGUUGGCUCUAAAAAUUUUGCUUCAUUAUUCUCUAGGAGAGGUGAAAAAGGAGUGAAUCAAGAUUGCUUCAUUGUUUGGGAGGAAUUUGGAUGCCAAGAAGAUAUGAUAUUCUGUGGUAUAUUUGAUGGGCAUGGUCCAUGGGGUCAUUUUGUGGCGAAGAAGGUUCGAGAAUCGAUGGUAUCUUCGUUGCUUUGCAAUUGGCAAGAGAGUCUAGCCGAGGCUUCAGUUGAUCCCGAUUUAGAUUUAGAUUCUGAUAAGAAGCUUCAAAGGUUUAACAUAUGGAAGGACUCAUACCUAAAGGCAUGUGCAGCUGUAGAUCAGGAGCUGGAACACCAUCCUAAGAUAGAUACAUUUUACAGUGGAACCACUGCUUUGACAAUAGUCAGACAGGGUGAGAUUAUUUUUAUAGCAAAUGUAGGUGACUCGCGUGCUGUAUUGGCUACCACUUGUGAUGAUGGCAACUUGGUACCAGUUCAGCUAACUAUUGAUUUCAAGCCAAAUCUACCUCAGGAAACUGAGAGGAUAAUACAGUGUAAUGGUCGAGUAUUUUGCUUAGAUGAUGAAUCCGGGGUGCAUCGAUUAUGGCUGCCUGAUGAAGAAUCCCCUGGAUUGGCGAUGUCUAGAGCCUUUGGGGACUAUUGCGUUAAAGAUUUUGGUCUAAUUUCAGUGCCUGAUGUGACUCAAAGGCAUAUCACAAGCAAAGACCAAUUUGUUGUGCUGGCAACUGAUGGGGUAUGGGAUGUAGUCUCCAACCAAGAGGCUGUAGAAAUUGUAUCCACAACUCCAGAUAGAGCAAAGGCGGCCAAGUGUCUGGUUCAAUGCGCUGUCCGCGCUUGGAAACGCAAGAGAAGAGGGAUAGCUGUGGAUGAUAUUUCUGCUAUUGUACUCUUCUUUCAUUCUAAUCAUUUCUGUCACCAUAUUUACCCUGUAACUGCACCAAAAUAACUUAAUAGCAAAAGCUAUUCUCUCUCUCUCUCUUGCUUA